CCCCCACCAUCAUGUCUACUGCAUAUGCAUCCGCAUCUCUACGUUUCCGCUGCUGCUUUGUGCGACAACGUUAUGCCGCUCAAUUCAAGAGUCCCCGACGGCGGCAAACUGAGUUCAGGGGUCAAGGAGUUUGGUUAAUAUCGUCUUACCGAAAGAGACGGACACCUUAUCGCGACUGCCUCCACUUCAAAGGUCGAGUUCGCGUUUGUCUUUCACGAAUGUAUGCGCUUAACCAGAAUUUGUGUACUCCUAAGAGAGCUCGAGCGAGGCCGCUGGAACGCUAUGCAUUGGUACUACGGCGCAGGGAUAUGAGAAACACUGGAGCGGGAGCUGUGGAUAGGCCAGAGGACGCGGUUAGAAUUCAAAGUCAAUUAUUUCUGGCUUACAACGGUGCAUCCCAGCCUAUCCCAGCAGUUCCCAGUCAAGGCCAGAAGAAAUCAAAGAUUUUAUUAUCGCUUCCUCUCAACCUCUCCAGCGAGAACCAGAAAUCUUCUGAAAAGCGGCAAAAAUCUGGCUUCAGCCGACGAUUUCUGGAGGUCCAGCUCAGGGCGGCUUCUCCCGGAUUCCAGACCUUCCGGAUGCAUGAGCUCGAGCCUGUGCCAAAAAUUUCGUGUCCUACUGAAGAACCUUUUCGAACCAACCUCAGACUAACCUCAG